UGUCCAGUAUUAGACGCCAGAUGACGCUCUUGUCUAACGGUCUCGCCCUUUUUAGCCCAGACCCUUAGAUGAUUUCCAUACCGAGAAGUUAUCGGACACGUUUCAAUGUCUAUCAAUAACCUCCCGGGGAUCAAGCCAAUUUAUGACUGGCCAGGAGCUGCACGUGAUUCUAUUUAAACAUUCCAUAUUUGGGCAUUACGCGUCGUAUCAAGAAAAAAAAGAAAAUGAUUUCCUCCACCUAUAAAUCCUGCUCUUUUUUAGGACAAGCCUAACGUCCUCUAGAAAUACAAAUAAAGUCCAAUAAACAAAUAAAACUUCUAAACAACUUAUGUAUACUUUAUUAGCUGAUUCAGUCUCUGCUGCGACCGGGUGCUUUUUGUGACUCUCUCCAAGGUUACUGUAUUGUUUUGGAAAUAGAAUGAGCUCAUACGUUGGAAAUUCAUUUUCUAAGCAAACGCAAGACGCCUCCUCUUGUAGAAUGCACACUUUUGGCAACUAUGGAGCUCACUCUGAGUUCCACGAGUCCAAUUACGCGUACGAAGGACUUGAUCUCGGCGGAUCCUUCAGUUCUCAAAUCCCCUCCAACUCUUUGAAACGGGAGGCGAUAAACACAACCGACCGUGCAAGGACCAGUGCAGCAGUUCAGCGAACACAGUCCUGUUCAGCUGUGGGCUCUCGUAGCUUUGUAAGCACUCACGGGUACAACCCCCUCAGUCACGGACUGUUGAGCCAAAAAGCCGAGGGGAAUAUGGAAGUUCUGGAGAAGCCCAGCGGCAAGAGCCGCACAGACGAUAUCAAAAUGGAGACUACUUCAGCGAUAAAGCAACAAACUAAUUCGACUCAGCGUCAGAACCAGUCGCAGCCGCAGAUAUAUCCGUGGAUGACAAAGCUACACAUGAGCCACGAAUCUGACGGUAAAAGGUCACGAACCAGUUACACCCGGUACCAGACUCUGGAGUUGGAGAAAGAGUUCCAUUUCAACCGAUACCUCACACGUCGCAGACGUAUCGAGAUUGCCAAUAACCUCUGCUUGAACGAGCGGCAAAUUAAAAUUUGGUUCCAGAACCGUCGCAUGAAGUGGAAGAAGGACUCAAAGUUGAAAGUGAAAGGAGGACUAUAAAUAAUGUGGUGCACGGCUUCAAUUGAAACGACCUGAAAAUAAACGCAGUGUUAACUUGUACUGAAUCAACAAAGGGUUUAAAAAUAGAUUUUGUUGGUGACAACAGUUGAUGUCUUUCAUUUGUCUACAAUAUCAUGUUGUUAUGUGAAUAUGUCCAUAUUUUCGAUAUUUAUUGAUAGUGCUCCCUUCCGGGAGGUGCUUAUUUGAAUAAUGUAUAAGCUUAAACUUUAUUUGAAUAUGCCUUACUAAAAUCAUUUGUAUCAAUAACCUACAUAACAUACCAAGGCCUGCAUCCAGUUACGUUGAUUUAAAUGUAAAUGCAAAUAAUGUGGUGCUUUGCUUGAACAUUCAUCAAUCUCCCCAUUGCAUAUUGCAUUUUGAUGGAACUUGUCUUUUUAUCCAUUGUACUUUCUGUCGUAAAUACAUCUAUACAACUAUAAUAGCCAAACAAGGAUGGUAAACCGCACUCCAUGAUAAUAAUGCAACAACUGUAGUGUCAUAUUAAACACUGUCUAUCAUAUUGUCUGUCAGCCAGCAGCCAAAUGGUAAUUUUAUCUUGAGGAUUAUGUCUAUUGAAAUACUGUGGAAUCAGAACAUUUUGCUCUUUUAUUGAAUAUGUUUUUUUUUUUUUGAGGGGGUCAAAUUUUACAGGCAGGUACCUUGGCAUUUCUUUCCAUACACUCUAUUCUAUAUAGGAGUGGCUUAUGCCUUUCAUACCAACCAAUCUACACGACCUACUUUUGCGUUUGUCUGAUCCAUCAUUUCUGUGAUUCUAACUGUUUGUUUUCAAAGUUUCAUUGAUACUUUUCGAUACUUUACCAGUCAGUAAUUAUUUAUUACAGUAACCAGAUUAAAUUGCCAACAUAUCAGAAAGUUUUGUCAGCCAUCUGUGUCCAAUGAAACUUCCAAUGUGGUAUCAUUGUAAAUGAACUCGAUGAAACGUAAAGAAUAUACUAUUUGUCUGUUAAAGCAAAAAUAAUGAGUCUUUCUUUACACAAAUGCAUUUUUUAAUUCAAGGCCCGUUUGAUACCUCGUGCAGAGUUAAGAGAAGAAUACGUUCUGCGCAAAUUAAUAUGAUUUUGGUAAAAAAAUAUAUAUAUAUACAUAAGUCUGCAUGUGUAUACUUACAGUGAUGAGACAUGAUUGAACUUUAACGCUCUGGUCACUUAUUUACAGUAGCCCUUAAACGGAGGCACAUAAAACUUUAUGACCCCAAUAAACUUUUACAGCACUUCCUCUCACCCAUCAGACACUGACAACUGUUUCCUUUUUUAACAAAUCGGCGGAAGUUUACACAAACAUUUCAGUGACGUUUUGGUACACAAAACCCUUAAAAACAAUAGUUUGCACAUUUAAUCAAAUACUCCGUGCAACUAAAUUAUAGCAAAUAUACGAUUUUUUUUCGAAAGUGCAUUUGAAAUGCGAUAAUACACCGUUAUCAAUCGUCCUGCGUGUAAAGCAUAUAAUUAAAGACGUUUAAAGUGAAUUGCUCAAACCUUAUUGUUGAAAUUUGUCAUUUAGAUAAUGAGACAUGAUGUUAGCCAACCUAUGUGCAGAAAUCACAUAAUCCAGGCCCAUGUCAAACAAAGGACAUAAGACUGCGAGUACAAAAUGCUAAUUUUCGACUGGCUCGCUCUACUCAGGCUCUUUUCUGCUUUAUUGUUGGUUUGACAUAGGCUAUAGUUUUUUCUUAAUUCAUGCCUUCUCGGCGCUCUCGAUGCAACCGAACAUUUUAAUCUCCAAGUUUCUUAAGUGUAUGAAUGCUAACAUUAUAUACACACACACACUAAGCUGAAAAUAAAAAAAAAACAGUCAGCUAGUCAAUUUAUACUACUGUUUAAGAAGCGCUUUCAUUUUAGAAUCGUCUCACUCACCUAUAUUGGAGAUUCAAUGUAAAUUUCCAUGCUUCUUUCAAUUUCUACACUCGCUAUCUUGACCGAAAGGGCCACAUUGCGAGUUACUGUGGUUACUAUGUUGCUUUUUACACAAACCCCUCUUUUUUUAGCUCUCUUGCCACGUAUUUUGAAGUUUGAGGGUUAUUUAUGCCAAUUGCCCAAAGCAGGACCAGUGAGUGGUGCAGGAAGAGCACGUGGGGUCAUUAAAGUGGGUUUUAUGGCCUGCAAGACCUGACAAACCCUCAAUAUAUUUACAUCAUAUAUAAUGUUAACUGUCCGUAAUCGCAGCUGUUGGCUAGUCUUAUCUCUGAGAGAAGGGCUUAGAGCCUGUUAGUGUGGGUUACUCGCGUCAGGGUCUGUAGAAGUUCGACUCUCCCAAAUGGAUCCCAGGCGGUUGCAGUAAGUUAAUAAUCUUGUUUUCCUCUUUUUAAUUAAAUAUGUACUUUCCUCCGCAACGCCCUCGGGAAUUAAUCAAGGAUGUAAUUCAAUAGUUCAUGGAGAAAUUGUGUCAAGUGGUGCGCAAAUGUGUCCUCAUCUGUUCAGUUUUGAUCAAUUUCAAAGUCUAGAGUGUACGUUUGUGCAUUUGUAUAUUACUGUUAAUUUGGCGUUGAUAUGGAAUUAUUGUUCUGGCAGCAGCUUCAAAUCUAAUUCUGUAUACCAUGACUCAUAGCCUAUGUAUUCAAAAACAUCUUGUAUGCCUCUUAAAAGCGUUGUGCAUGUGUGAAGAGCGUUGCCUUGAGAUUCACUUAAGUAUUGGAGAAUGUAGAAUGUGCGUAUAUCAAAAUACUCCACUUUUGGGGCGGUGAAAAAUGCUUAGUUUGCCCCUAGGAUGUGUAUGUUGUGGUAAAAGUGACGGUGAAGGACUGAGAAGCUAAGUGAUCUUGUAUUGGUUUGCAGAUGAGAGCGCAGAACAUAGAUCUUUAGAUCGGACAUAAUGUGGGGUCAUGUGCAGGGCAGAGAAGAUGUGGUGUUGUGUGGUGGGGUCAUGUACAGGGCAUUGUGGAUGAAGAGUCACAUGAUUAACUAAACAGAAAAAAAAACAUAAUUGAAAAAAUUAUUAAGGUAUUAAAAUAUACAUUUUAUACAAAGCAAAUUACAUUUUUGACCACUGUUAUUUGUCGGUUUUCAGCACCGGAUAUUCAGUGGUCUUUAUUUGACAGAUGAGGCUCCACUUGACCAUUAUAAUCAUGGUAUGAAAAGUUUAAGCCAUAUCUUACUUUAUGAUGUUGUGCUUGGAAACAGAAUAAGUCAGACUCUGUUCAUCCACAAUGUUCUCUUUAAUCUGUGCACAGCGAUUUUGGCUGAACAGGAACUCCACCGCCAUCAUCAUAUACUGCUCUGUUUCUAUUUAGUGAAGGCCUGUGGUAUAUUCUGAGAGUUAUUUAAAAUUAAAAGUACCAAUGCCUCAGUUUUGGCAUUAGAACUAAUUCAGGCCCUUUUGCUGAGCAAAGGUUAUACAUGUGUCCAAAAAAAUUAUGAAGAAAAACCAAGAUGGAAAGGUUAUUGACCUCCCAAACAGUUAUGGUGAUUUUUUUAAUCUGUUAAUGAGGGUCUGAAAUAUAGUAUUUUUUGUCAUUCAGUUGAGAAAAAGUUGUAAGAUGGCUUUAAUUACAAAAUCUCAAGAGUUUUAAUAAAUAAAACUGUGGAUUGCAAUUAAUGAGCCAUUAUUUUAUGUCUUUAACCAUUUCAGUUCUGUUUUGUUUUGUUAAACAAAACUACAUCCUUCAAAUACCUUUCAAAUGCCAUUAUUUCAGCAGAAAAAAACAGAACAUGACAUGACAUGACAAUACUCUGAGAUGUUGAUAUGUCGGAUUUGCAAAUAUUUCACAAAACAGCUUUGCAGAGUAUGCUCAGUCACUUCAAUUUGUGGGGUCCAAACAUUUGUGGAAAACAAUAGAGUGUUGAGUAAAGACCUAUUUCACUGAUUGGUUCUGUCUUGUAAGGCUGUGUCUGGUUGCAAAUACUGCUGAGUUGUAAAUUCCAUGGCUUGCCAAAGUUCUUUCCUCCGGGCUUACUCUUAAAGAAAUGCUGUUUUGUUUUUUAUUUUAUAAAGAAGAGUGGGAGGACAGUUUUAGAUAUCAAAACAGUAGCCUAUCAUUUGUAAAAGAAUGUACUUGAUAGAAAUUAAGUUGUUAAACAGCUGACUUGCUUAUACAAGUACUAAGUGUAUCUUAUGUGAUAUUCUAAACAAACAUUGGCUAAACCAAUCCUGUAAUCAAUAAUUACUGUUGUGAAUUAUACACACAUGUAUGAGUAUAGAAUGUCAAACACAACACUUGAAAUAUUACAAUUUAGUUCAGGCAUGCAAUUACACAAUCCAUUUUUAUACAAUAAAACAAAUACAAAAGAAAUACAAUAAAGCAAAAAAUGAAAUUUUCAUUCAUCUCUUUCAUUCUCAAUGUCCAUUCUUUAUCGCAGAAAUCAGAAAAUUCACUCAUCAUUCACUCAAAUGAAUGUUUAUUUAAGUGAUCAUUAUUUAUGUGCAUUAUUAUUGGAAGAAAAACAAAGCUGACAAUGACAUAAUAUUAUGAAUGUACUCAACAGUUUUCAUCACAUCAAAGCAGAUGAUAACUGAUACCUGUUGGCUCAUUUUUGGCUGAGAGCAGGUGGAGGUUUUACUCACUCAAGGUUGAUUGAGGUGGAUAGUAUUCCUUAUUGUUCACUGACUAGAAUAAUAAUCAGUGUAAUGUUACAUUUACAGCAUGACACAUUUUUGUGGCGUAUUGGAAGUCACUGAGUAUGGUUAGUCAAUGACAGAAUGAAUGGGUCAUGUGGUACAACCAAUAUCACAUUCGCUAUUGAAACACUUUCAGUAAUUGUCUACUUAUUAAAGAGAUAUAUUUAAUGACAAUUGUUCUACCUGAGUGAUGGAGAACACUUAAUAAAUUCAAAUGAAUUUGUUGAUGGCAUUUAUAAUUAAGAAUAAUUUCAACUUCACAAUUUUAGUGAGCCUUUCUGUGCAUCCUUUUCUUUUAUCAUUUAAAGUUUUUGAAUACUGUGUCAAAAACAUUAACUGCCAAUAGGGGGCAAUAGUUUUAUAUUCCUCUGUUUUCUUCUCUCUGAGUGCAGGUUACACUGGGUUCAACAUAUUCUUUUGUCAUUUGCCAGAUUACUAAUUGACUGGCCAUACAAGGAAUAUGGCAGUAAUUCCCUUCAAAGAAUGAGCAAAUGACACAGAGUUGGAAAUGAUGCUAUUGCAUGCAGAAUAACUAAACAAGGCAAUGCUUUCAAUGCACAUUGUUAACAAUCCACAUUCUUUUUGUAGAAGUUCCUGUUUGGACAAUCAUUUUAAAAAUGCAAGACAGAAUCUUUAUUCUCUAAGUGGAUAAACUCUUCUUCAUUCAGUAAUGGAUGAGGUGAAUGAAUAAAAAACAGAAAAGAAAAAAUAACAAUUGGUAUUUGGUCUGGUGGAUAUCUUAAUAAACGCAUGUCAUGAUUAUGAUUUAUUAAGAAAACAGAUGGUAAUGACAAUAAGGGCUGCAUUUGCUACAAUGACACAAUUGUGUGUUAUAGUAAUAAAACUUUGACUUUAAUGCAGGAAUUACAGCUUUUGACUGAACACAGUUUAGAUUUGUUUGAAAUUAUACUUGUGUUUAGAUACCUUUUUUUCUAAGAGAGUUUUCAGUGUUGAGCAUGGAUAAUUGUAGAACUGAGUAUAUACAUAUACAUACUAUGUUUCUCGUUCUGUGUAUAUAAUAUUGCCAUACAUUAAUUAAAUUACUCUUAUAUUUUUUCCCCUGCUUCAGUAUUAAGGUUUAUAUUUAGGUUGUUUUUUUUUUUGCCAUUACAUCAUAUCUCAGUGACAGACAGUGGCUCAACCCUGCAUGUGAAAUCACAGUAUGCACAUAUUUUACAUAUACAUUUUGUUAAAUGAGGCUGUAAACCUGAAAAAAGCAAACAUACCACAUUCUUUUUUUGAACAAUCCUGAAUUGCCAUGUUAACCUGACCAAGUAGGAACUCAUUUUAGGUUCUGUAUUGUUGCAAAAAAUAACUACAUUCAUCAAGGAAAUAGUUCUGAAAAUAACCUGUGCUAAAUACAUAGCCUUGUCCUACUUUAAAGGAUCAUGCCUUUGGACAGUUCAACCUCAAUGAGAGACAAAGAGAAGUUGUACUAAAAACAUUAAAACAUAAUUAUCAGUAAAGGAUUGGAAUGCAGCUGUCAGAUAAUUAUAGGAUUAUUAUAAGCUUCAUGCAUGGUUAGAUAUUUUUAGCAUUUAACUGAUUACAUAAACUCCAGAUAUUCAUUCAGAUAUUAAUUUUAAUGUUUACCAGGAUAUUGGAUAUGACAGAAAUACGAUUAUUUUAAAUCUACAGUAAAUCAAACCCUCUAUAUUGUUAAAUAGGAUAGGCCUAUCCUUACAUAUGCCUGAGAAGUAAUUUGUUUUGAUUUUCUAAACUGCUUUCUUUCUUUUUAGCGCAUGAGGAUAUUAUGAACGUGAGGGCAAGGAGGACCUCGUCGUUGCACUGGACAGCAGUUCUGCGUGGAGUCAACAUGCCGAAGACAAUUCAUCAAAACAUUAUGAAGGCCAUAUUUGGAACCUUCGAAAACUCUCUCAUAUCCAACAUCCCUAUUCAUCCUCUGCUGAUGACAAUUACCCUACG